AUGGAUGACAAGCACCGUCCUGAAGAUAUUCACGUGACAGGCUCGCCGGCCCCUGGGACUGGAGCCCAGCACGCCCAGCGACUGACCCCGUACAGCGCCAUGAUUGUCCAAGCACACGAGGUUCCCAGCGCUUACUGCGUCCUUGCUGCAGUCGCGAACUGGCUCUUCCUUGCUGGCUUUGUCGUCUUCCCUGGCACCUUCACGACGAUAAGCCAAGCCACUGCACUGGGCGAUUCCCAGGCCGGUCGCGUAGUGCAGCAUGCCGUCCAGAACACGCCGCUCCUCGUGGUCGGCAGCCUCUGCUGCUUCAUUGGCGGUGUUGGGAUAGGAUGGAUUGGGUGGUCUCAGAAGCACAACUACAUUUGGCUUAUUGAUCGGAUCUUUUUACCCAGUCUCCUUAAUUCGGUUGUUGCCCUUCUCAUGAGUCUCAUCAAUGUCUAUACGGCUCAGGAAGGAAUCUGGUCUGUGACGGCGAUCGUGACCACCUGUAUUGUCGGAGCAUGGGCUUUGACUAUGGCACUCUUGUUCGCCCUCUACGAGCUUUGGUUCCUUCGAAACCUAAGGCGGAUGGUUUGA